AUGGGGAUCGAAACUGCCCUUGGCUGGGCUUCUCAGGCUAUUAUCUGGUUUUUGGUAGUCUUUCCAGUAAGAGCUAUAGAUCUGGACACAUCGUCUAAGGAUUCGAUAUGUGCGGCUACUACGCUUAUUCAAGAAGGUAUUAUGGACUACUAUGCUGGCACGCAGGUUGGCGGCAGUGUGGGGAUGUUCCAAGCACCAUAUUAUUGGUGGGAAGCCGGUGAGGUCUUCGGAGGCAUGCUAGAAAACUGGUACUUAUGUGAGAACAACAAAUACGAACAAACGCUCUAUAACGCCAUGCUUGCCCAGGCUGGUCCUGACUACGAUUAUAUGCCACAAAAUCAGUCGAUGGUUGAGGGUAACGAUGAUCAAGGUGUUUGGGGGUUAACAGUGAUGGGCGCGGUAGAAAGGAACUUUACCAAUCCGCACGACAAAAAUGCCCCUGGAUGGCUGGCAAUGGUGCAGGGCGUUUUCAACACCAUGUACUCGCGUUGGGAUGAUCAACAUUGCGGAGGAGGUGUCAGAUGGCAGAUUUUCACUUGGAACUCUGGUUACAACUACAAAAACACUGUUUCCAAUGCAUGUAUGUUCCAAUUGGCUGCAAGAUUGGGCCGCUACACUGGUAACCAGACUUAUAUCGACGUUGCUGAGAAAAUUUUCGACUGGCUGGUCGAUGUUGGGUAUGUGGUCUUAAAAGACAAUGCAAACGUCUACGAUGGUGCAAACAUCGAUGAUAACUGCACAGAUAUCACCAAAUUGGAAUGGAGUUAUAACCAAGGAAUUGUUCUAGGAGGCUUAGCAUACAUGUACAAUGCUACAAAUGGGUCAUCUACAUGGGAAACCAGAUUAUCUCAGGUCUUGGGCGGAUCAACAACAUUUUUCUUCAGAAACAAAAUCAUGUAUGAAAUGACAUGCCAAGAUUCCGGCAGCUGUAACAAUGACCAAAGGUCAUUUAAGAGUAUUUUCUCGCGAAUGCUAUCUCUAACAAGUGUCCUGGCCCCAUCAACCGCCGAAACGAUUAAUCCGCUAAUGGAGGCGUCAGCCGAAGCUGCUGCAAAAUCCUGCACAGGAGGCUCAGAUGGCCACACUUGCGGCCUGAAUUGGGAGAAAGGUUCAUGGGAUAAUGUUUAUGGCCUUGGGGAGCAAGCAAGUGCUUUAGAAGUCAUGCAGAGUUUAUUGUACGCACAGCGUCCAGCACCUUUCACCGGCGAAAAUGGCGGAAGUUCUGUGGGCGACGCCAAUGCUGGUCUCAACAAAUCGACCACAACAGUAUUGCAUAGUAAUUUGAAGAUUACUCAUAAGGACAAAGUUGGUGCAGCGAUUCUUACUGCAGUAAUUAUUGCCAUAUUGGUGGGUGGUUCUAUUUGGAUGAUGUUUUAA